AAGCGUGCGCUACAGUGAGUAGGGAAAGCACUUCCCUGGUCAGCAGCAAGUUAGUGCAAUUGCAAAAAGAACAACAACAACACAAGGACACGACGACGGAGAGCGCCGAGGGACGCUCGGUUGUAUGGCACCUCAGGUGUGCGUCAUGAAUCCUGCGCAGGGAUCGCCACCUUCGGCCGCACCGGGGGACACUGCCGCGGAGGAGCGCGCCUCGGGGGGAUCCGCACCCGAGCAGCUCGACCCGUCACCUGUCGCCAGGUGGAAAGGCAAAAGCGCGGAUCUGCCUUUCAGCGUGGAGUCGCUCAUAUCGGACCGGACGCACGCAAGAAAUCAACAAUCCACGGAGCCCGGCGUGCGGAAAGAAGAGGACACGGGGCGCACUUCGCCAGUGGAACUUCAUCGGUUCAAAGGAGAAAAUGUCGACGUCGACGUCAACGACAAGGACAGCAGCCCCUGGUUACAGUCUGCCUACACGUCACCUCCCAGACUCCCCAGCCCGAGCCACUGCAACUUGCGCAAACACAAGAACAACAGGAAGCCCAGAACUCCGUUCACGAGCACUCAGCUGCUGUCCCUGGAGAGAAAGUUCCGUCAGAAACAGUACCUGUCCAUCGCCGAGAGAGCGGAGUUCUCCAGCUCCCUCGGCCUCACAGAGACACAAGUGAAGAUCUGGUUUCAGAACCGCAGGGCCAAGGCCAAGAGACUGCAGGAGGCCGAGCUGGAGAAACUCAAGCUGGCCGCCAAGCCGCUGCUGCCGGCCUUCGCCUUCCCCUUCCCCCUGAGCGCACCCAUGGGCGCACCGGCCCUCUACGGGGCUGUGAACGGCCCGCGGGCCGCUCUGCCGGCACCAGGACUAUUCGGUGGAGCCUACGGGAUGUACUACUUGUCUUAACAACCAAUUACAUUGGACACAUUUGUGUGAGUGUGUGCCUUUGCCUUUAAGAUCGCCUCCUCUGCCACAAAGCAACAAACGUUAUCUUACGAAAAAAUAUAUUUGAGAAUAUUUAUUUAGUUAAAAAAAAAUCAUAUAGAUUUGUUUCAACAAUGAAUUCCACCAAUAGUGAAUAAUACAAGCAAUGAAAUAGUCAAAUGCACAAGAGCAAAAGGCACAACUUUUAAAACUUGUUGCAAAUAAGGUAUGUUUUAUCAAAAUUAUAUUUCUUAAAAACAACAGUCAAUUAUAUAAGACUGAUAGUAAAAAGUUGAAAUUGCGAUAAUUCUCUCAGUGUACAAACUAUAUGAUGAUUAAUUCUGUUUUUUGUUGUACACUUGCUAAGUGUAUUUAUGUAGACUUUGAACAUGAUUUACAAGCCAAAAAUGUAUCAUGUGACCUUCCUUAAAUUGUCAUCCAAAGAUAAGUAGCGUCCAAUAACUGGCAAAACGUAAUAAAUGUAUUUAAAUUUAAAAUGCACCCAAUCUUUCCACAUGCAUGCAUGUACACCGUUAUGCAAGUCAGUACAUGUCUCCCCCCCACCCCAUAUCAUUUUUUCACCAUUGACUUUUAAAUGUAAAAUUCACUUCAAAGGUUUUAUUUUUUUGUGAGCAGUUGUUUGAAAAGCUUUUCCAAGACAACAGCAGGCACCAUUUGUACUCGGAAAAAAAAGUUGACAACUUAUUUUAUACUUAAGAGUGAUCAAGAGUGUAUUUUAUAAUUGUUGGCUGAAAAAGCGUUUUUGGAAAAUUAAAGUCUAUAUUAUGAAUAUA